AUGCGUUUAUAUCUUGUAAAAGUGGCGCUUCGCGAAGAGGGCCACGAUCCCGCCUCCUAUGUAUUUGACCUGGGCCCGUCGAAAGAACCCGUUAAUGAGCCAGCAGCAGCUGAUUCCGAGGGCCAACCAGUGGAACAGACAGCUGCUGACGAUCCUGUGAAAGAAGAAAAUGAAGCAAAUGGGAAUGAGGAGGUUGUGCAGCCCGUCGACGCAAGCGACCCAAUUAUGGAAGAAGAGCAAGCGGUUGACAAGCCGAUGAAUGGUGACGAUGAAGCGACCGCCGACACGAUUCAGCGCCCCGACCAGGCUGCCGAAACUUCGCUGCCAGCCGUCGCCGAAGAACAAGAGGAGGAGCAAGAGCACGAGCAGGAGCCUGAGGAGCCAAAAGAGCCGCCGGAAGAAGUUAGCGCGGCCCAGCCAAGCCCCGCCGAUUACAUGGCCCGUUCUUUCUGGAUUAGGAAUCUUCCACCAGGAACCUCCGCCGCUGACCUCAAGCACCACGUCACAAGUCACGCUCAAGUCGAUGGAGCAAAGGUGUUCACCUCAAAGAAAGCCGGCGCUGACGUCACGUUCGGCUUCGUUCUGCUGCAUGAUGCAGCUCUUGUCGACGGAACGGUCGCUCACUUUACCAACACCGACUUCAAGGAGAAAACGAUUACUGCUGAGCGGGCGGAUAAGAGUCGUUUGCCGGCGAAGAGAGCGAUUGCUCUGAUGGCUGGCACCACAACGACUACUUCAACUGCUGCUCCGACCACUCCCGCUGUCGCCGCGCCACCGAAGCGGAAGCCAGUUGAAGGGCCGCCAAAGUCGGACUCCCCCGAACGGGCGCACAGUUCAGCCAAGAAAUCGGACCGCCGCUCCCUUCAAACUUCCUCUAGACGUCCUGCCAAGGAUUCGAAGGCACUGGCCACUUCGAUCCGAAGACGCGGGGCAACGGCAAUCACCUCUACACGUGCUCGCGAUGAAGAUCGACGCCGUCGUGUGGCCCCUGCAGCAGUUCGAAGCCGUGACAAUGCCCCGCGCGGCCAUGCCUCCAGUGGUGGAUAUCAGAGGGAGAUCCGCAUCGUGCGCGCACCAAUUUCUCGCCGGCCGAUCCCGUCCGGCAGCCGUACCGCGUUGAAUCCGCGAGUCAGCUACGCUUCUCGUGAGCCGGCCCCGCACAGCAGAUAUGGAUCUCGGCCGAUUUCUCGUCGCUCCCGGGAGCGUGACAUCUCUCCUGGCCGCCUACAGGACAAACUGCGUCGACAAGCCGAAGACAAUCGUCGUCGAGAAGAGGAGCUCAAGCUUCAGAUGGAACGGGCCAAGAUUGCGUUCGAGAAGGAGAAGCUGGAGAGACAGCGGCUUGAGAUACAGCUGAUGCAACAGGCCACCCUUUCCCGACAUUCCGAGGGCCGCGCUUCGCAUGACACGCGUCAUUCCCAGUCAUCUAGAAACACCAAGGAUCGAUAUAGCAGCAGCUCUGCUCGUGAUCGCGACACUGCCCGUCAUGCCACGGACUCGCGCUCUCGUGACGGUGGCCGCUACGGAUCGAGCCCAACUGCGCGUCACACAGCACAUGGUCGCGAUGCCAGAUCAUCCGGCCAUAACGACUCGCGUUCUUCUUACGCAUCUUCCCGCGUGCCUGCCAAGCGUAGCCAUCAGUCGACGCGCAGCCCACCACGCCAUGAUUCCAGGAGGGAUCAUUCAUCCCGCUACCCCCCGUCGGCUGGUGCUUCCAGCAGCCAUCAUUCGACGAGCACGGGCCGUGUAUAUGAAUCUAGCAGCUCGCGCCCCUACCAUCCCUCAUCUGGCAGUUCUCGCGACUAUCCGUCAACUGGCAUCACUAACAGCACCUACGCAGCCCCACUCAAUGGCGGAGAUUACGCUCGCGGACUUGCCGCGCCAUCGUUUGCAGCCAGCACAUACCCCGGUUCCUCGAGCGCGUUCGACUGGGGUUCAGUGGCGUCCGGCAGCUCCCGCCCUAGCUUCAAGGCCCAGCCCGAUUUUUCGGUGUUCGACCCUCCGUCUGACACAACGGCUCGAAAUUACUCGGACUACCCCUCACGCCGCUAU